AUGGUGUCAUCUCUCUCAUCAAAGCUCGGCCUUGCCGACAUCACUGACAAGUUGCCGGGGUCGCGCAUUCUGCUUCGAGUGGAUUUUAACGUGCCCAUAAAGGAUGGAUCCGUUCGAGACUGCACGCGAAUUAAAGCAACCAUACCUACCAUCCAGUUCCUAUUAAAUCAUGGCGUACAUUCAAUUGUCCUGAUGUCUCACUUGGGGAGGCCUAAUGGAGAACGCGUGGAAAAGUAUUCGUUACGCCCUGUGGCCGCAGAAUUAUCAAAAGCUCUUGACAACCGUAAGGUAGAUUUCUUGGAUGACUGUGUUGGCCCUGCGGUUGAGAAGUUUUGUCAAGAAGCCCCUUUCGGUACCAUAGCGCUACUUGAAAAUCUGAGAUUCCAUGCUGCCGAGGAGGGUGUGAAAGACAAGGUUAAUGUUGAUGGCAAGGAGAUUGAAGACUUCCGCAACAGUCUAAGUAAACUUGGCGAUAUAUAUGUAAAUGAUGCGUUCGGUACCGCCCAUAGAGCCCACAGCUCCAUGGUGGGUAUCGAUACGCCGUUGAAGGUCGCAGGCCUACUAAUGAAGAAGGAACUAGACUAUUUUGCAAAAGUUCUGGAAACACCGCGUAGGCCUUUCUUGAGUAUUCUAGGUGGUGCGAAGGUCUCUGAUAAGAUUCAACUAAUAGAAUCGCUUUUGGAAAAGGUUGAUGUGAUCUUCAUCGGUGGCGGCAUGGCCUACACUUUCAAAAAAGUGCUUCAUGACAUGCCCAUAGGAAAAUCGUUGUACGAUGCUCCAGGUGCUGCCAUAGUCCCGGAUAUCAUGGCUAAGGCAAAAGAGAGGGGUGUGAAGGUCUACUUUCCAGUUGAUUACAAGGCGGCCGCAAAUUUCUCGAAUGACGCGCCAUUCAAACUGGUCACCGAUGAGGAAGGCAUCCCCGAUGGCUGGGAGGGUUUGGACUGCGGGCCAAAGACAACUGAACUUCUCAAAAGUAUAGUUGACGGGUGUCAGACAAUUGUUUGGAAUGGUCCACUAGGUGUAUUCGAGUUUUCCAACUUCGCGGAAGGUUCUGUUUCUGCGUUGGAUAUAGUGGGGGAGGCGACAAAGAGAGGAACCAUAACGGUGAUUGGUGGCGGUGACACCGCUUCCUUGGCGGAACAAACUGGGAGGUCACAUUUAUUCAGCCACAUGUCUACCGGAGGGGGUGCAUCCUUAGAGUUAUUGGAGGGUAAGAUUCUACCUGGUGUAGCUGCUCUCUCCACCAAAUAA